AGCCUCAACCGUUUCAAAUCUGAUGGAACCUACCAUCAAAAUCGAGGAAGACAGCGUGGAGUUCGAUGAGUAUGCUUUCUACUCGGCGCACAACGUCAAGACCGAUGACAGCAGCAACGAUAACAAAGCUGCACUCCUCACUAGCAACUGCAAACGGUCGGCUACGAGGAUGCAGAUCGAGGAGCUUUUCCAAAUUUCCAGCGUAUGCAACCAGAGCCGAAACCUGUUGAAGCAGCCCUUUCCCAUCCAGACUGUGAACGAACUAAACGAGCUUGACACCUUAUUGUUAGGGAAUCCAACUUUCAUGGAAAAAUGCGCACAAAUGCUGCACAACGCCGUUCGAAACGAAACGCUGGAGAACGUGACCGGGCACAUGCGGCUCCUGCUGGAGUUUGCCGUCGAUUACUCGGUAUUACUGAAAUACAGCUGGUUUGGAUUUCUUCCGAGAUCGCCGAUCGCACGGGGCAUGGGCGAACAGCAGCCGUUCCGGAAUCUCAUCGGUGUAAUUCACCUGUUGCAUCGGGCUAGGCGGUUGCGUUUCGGCAAGUGCAGCCUGGAGGAAAUUCACGAGGGCAUCGAAAAGUUCCUCAAACGGAAAUUGCGCUGCCAUGCGCUGUUUGUCAAGAAACAAAACUACGUCAUUCAGGGGUCGGUGUAGACUGUAGACCAAAAAAACAACGGAUGCCAAACAUAAUAAGAAAUUGAUUACUAGUCCUUUUAUAGAAAGAUAAUUUAUUGUAGCGCAUAUACUAACCGAAGACGGACAAAACACGCAGAAUUUACCUUCCUAGUUUAUACGACAGUAUUAUACUCCUCUAGAAUUUAACGAAACUUGAUGCCAUGUACUCUACAAGGAGGAAUCGGGUGCUUCAAAAGCACUCGGACUAGUCAGCUUAUAACCAAAUUUGUGGAGGAGAAUCGACGUUGAGAAGCCAACUAACUAGGUUUAAGUUUUAUCGUUUUUAAAUUAUUACAGAUCUAGCAAUUCCAAAGUAUUUAUAUAGUACUGCUUACAUGUUUGUACAAGCGUACUAUAAUGCCGUUAUACGCUAGAAGAUUGAGCAAUUGUGCCAAUGGCAGUAUAAUACUAAUAGGCAUUGCAUUUGUUUAUUUUUUUUGUCCUAACGUCAACAGACUCCCAGUGAUCCCAGAGCAACAUACCAAGUAAAGUCAACUGUUGCCGAAGGAACAUGUGGCGUAACUCUCCGUGCAAAUUAAAUUGAGAGUCACGAUACACGACUUGGCUUUUUUCACCUCACAAGUGACAGAGAGUCGCACGACUCGCAGAGUAGGGGGAUUUGUGUCGCAAUGCAUAUUUACCGUCAAGCAAGGUGUCUUUGUUAGAAUAACCAGGGUGGCCAGUUAACCGGGAAAAAGCCGAAAAGCUUCCGGGAUUUUCGAUGACAAAUCAGGGAAAAACAAACUUCGUCCUCUCUAUGAUAAAAAUAAGAUUUUGGACCUUGAAAAAAUGUCAAGACCUUUGGACUGGAGUAGAUUUUCAGCAUACAGUCACUAAUUGAAUUAUAAUUAGAUUUUUAGAAAAACAAUUUUCCAAUGAUUCUUUGGAGAUUUUAAAAUAUAUU